AUGGUUUCUUCAAACAUAAAACUUCUUUAUCAUCCAGAAUACUAUCAUGGUGAUGGUAUUGAAAAAAAUUUUUUCGAGGGUUGGUAUUUUAAAACAGUAUCAAAAGACAAUAAUGAAACAUUUAUCGUAAUACCGGGAAUUUACCGUGCACCUUCGAUCACAAACGACAAUGAAUCCCACGCUUUUGUAAUGGUCCUUCUUUCUGGAUCUGAUUGUCUAUAUUAUCGAUAUGAAGUUAACGAAUUUGAAGCGAGUUCUAGUUCUGAUAUGGAAUUUUAUGUAAAGAUCGGGGAUAAUAAAUUUCAAAAAAGUGGCAUAACACUUGAUCUCCCUUCUUCACGACUAAUAAAGCCUACUGAUAAAGAAUAUGAAGAAUAUUCAGAUUUAUUAGUUAACGAUUGGGUUAAUAUAAUCAAUUUUAGGUCAUCAAAUCAAUUAAAUGCCGAAUCGCAACUAGUCACUUCUCCUACAUUGAAACAAGAUCUUUUGAAAAACGUCGUUCGUCAUAGAUUUAUUUCAUAUUGUGUACAAGGACAAGUUUCUUUUGAUAAAAUGGUACCUUUUCCCUCCACAUAUACAUCUCCAAGUGUUAUGGGACCCUUUGCCUUCAUUCCUUCCUUAGAAUGUAAUCAUGGAAUUUUAAGUAUGAAUCAUAGAUCUCAAGGUAAUAUAGAGUUUACAAAUGAAGAGAAUAAAGAUGAUUUCAAAAAAAUUAUUUUUGAGAAUGGAUGCGGAUAUAUAGAGAAAGAUUGGGGCUUUGAUUUUCCUCAGUCAUAUAUUUGGGGACAGACUAAUAAUUUCAUGAAUGAGGAUGGGUCUUCAAUAUUUGUAA